UCACAACAAAAAUCUGAGUUUGAUUUUCCAUUUUGCAUUUGAGAGUAAUUCAAAGAUGUUUUUAGGUGAGACGAUUUUCUCAGCGUUUCUUCAAGCGCUGUUUCAGCAGCUUAUGACUCCUGGAGUAGUAAGCGCGUACUUGAAACUUUUUGAUGGUGAAAAUUUACCAAACACUAUCAAAAAGUGCAAAGGUCAGCUGACUUUCAUGGAAACGAUGCUAAGGUCUGCCGAGCAGAAGCAGAUCGAUGACGAGGUUGUCCGGCCAUUGAAGGAGGAUCUUCAAGACAUAGCUCUUGACUUGGAAGAUAUCUUGGACGAGUUAGCUACUCAAGCUCAUGUUUAUGAAUUGGAGAAAAUGGAUCAGGAAGAUGAUAAUAAUGAUCAUCAACUCAAUACUACUGAUCAUGUCUCUCAUAUCCUCGGCGCAUCAACAGAUUAUAUGGUGAAAAACAUUAUUGGUAGAGCUGCAGAAAGUGUCUCCACGUUGUUCAACCCCAUUGCCAGCAUUUCAUCAAGGCUGGAUGGCAUUACAGAACGUUUGUACGAUCUUCAGAAGCAAAUAAAAUUUUCUGGUUUAUCAGCAAUACAUGCCAUGCCACAGCAGACGCACCAAGCUGAAUCUUCUCAACCCAGUCGAGAAACAAGUUCUGUAUUAGGUAAGGAAGAGGUUUAUGGCAGAGAAAACAGGAAGAAUGAGAUAAUUCAACAGUUACUAGAAGAAGAUCAACAGAGUUCGGAGAAUUAUGUUGUGAUUCCUAUUGUUGGAAUGGGAGGCAUUGGGAAGACGACUCUUGCACAGUAUGUAUACAACAAUAAGGAGCAAGUCAAGGGUCACUUUGAUCUCAAGGCUUGGGUGUGUGUCUCAGAUGUAUUUGAUGUAAAACGCAUAACUAUAGAAAUCAUCACCUCGGCCACUAGUCAAACUUUUGACUCUAUUAGCCUAAAUCAAGCACAAGAAAAGUUGAAGCAAGUGCUAACAGGCAAAAAGUUCUUGAUCGUUCUUGAUGACGUUUGGUGUGAGAUAUAUGCUGAGUGGCACCAGCUACAGGCACCUUUCCAAGACGGGGCAAAAGGGAGUAGAGUUAUAAUGACUACACGAAAUGAGAUGAUAGCAAUGAUGAUGAUUAAAGAUCCGAUUCAUGGCAAUGUCGUCAAUUUAGAAACAUUGUCCAAUGAGGAUUCUUGGCAUCUAUUUCAGCAGCAUGCAGGUCACAAUCCUGACCUUGUUAAUAUGCAGGAUGAUAUCAUAGAGAAGUGCAAAGGUUUGCCUUUGGCUGUGAAAACUCUAGCAGGUCUCUUGAAAUGUACACGGGAUAAGAUGCAACGCCAAGAAAUACUAGAUAGCAGUCUUUGGAGCCAGAAGAGUGAUCUUUUACCAGCACUGAUGUUGAGUUACCGUCAUCUGCCACCUCAUCUAAAGCAUAUCUUUGCUUAUAUGUCCAUAACUCCCAAAGAUUAUAAAUUUUCUGAGGAGUUUAGCGUCUCAGAGUGGAUGGCUCAGGGCUUUCUAACAGAAAAUAAAACGUCUAGAAUGGAAGAUAUAGGUCACAAUUACUUCCUUGAUCUAGUCUCUAGGUCAUUAAUUGAGAAAGAUCGUGGAAAUCUGUUCACUAUGCAUGAUCUAAUCCAUGAUUUGGCUCAAUGGGCUGCAGGGGACCUAUGUUGUAUUAUUGGCCCUGGGAAUAUGCCAAGAGAUCUUAAAAGAACUCGCCAUUUGUCUAUCACAAAGUAUUCUUCAUAUGGAACAUUGACAAAUCAACUCUCUGCUUCUCAAUUGCGAACUUUUAGGAUGUUUGGUCACAAUCCAAAUAUCGAAAUUCUGGAUUUCCUCCAAAAAUUUCAAUAUGUACGCUGUCUACGGCUCGAUUUGGAUUUAAUUGAAGAGUUGCCGGAGUGUAUAGGUGGUCUGAAACAGUUGCGAUUGAUCUCGAUCAGAGCAGGAAAACUAAAAGUGUUGCCAAAAUCAAUUAGCAGACUCUUCAACCUCCAAACACUGAACUUGGGUUUGUGUUGUAAUCUUGAGGAGGUCCCACAUGUUGGGUUUCUGGUAAAGCUUCGCCAGUUCUAUAUUAGAAUAACCUCUUUGAAAGAGAUGCCACUGGGAAUAGGGAGUUUGAUUAGCCUGCAGGAUUUAGAUAGGUUUGUGUUAGGAGCUCAGGGUGGUGCCAGGAUACGUGAGCUGAGGAAGUUGAAUCAUCUCCAUGGCAAACUGGCAAUCAUCGGACUAGAAAAUGUCAUAAGAGUUGGGGAUGCAGAGGAAGCCCAAUUGCAUAAGAAACACGAUCUCGAUGAAUUGGAUUUGAUAUGGAAUAAUGUAAAUGAUUGUAGUGGUAGAGAUGUGUCACAGCAGGAUGAGGUCGAUGAGAACACUAUAAGCGGUGUGUUAGAGCAGUUGCAACCUCCCAGUUCUAUCAAAAAGUGUAUGUUAGAUGGGUAUAGGGGAUUGAAAUUGACAUCUUGGUUGGGAGAUGUCUCUUUGAAGAACAUGGUUGACAUAAAGCUGGUGAAUUGUACGAGAUGUGAAAGGUUGCCUCCACUAGGGAACCUACCCUUGUUGACAUAUCUUAAGGUUGAAGGCAUGGAAGGUAUCAAGCAGGUAGGUGAGGAAUUUUAUGGCGCUCCCAGUUCAUCAGUUCCUUUUAAGGCUUUGAGAGGUCUAUCCUUUAUGAAAAUCAAAAAUUGGGAGAAGUGGACGCACUCACCAGUUGACAACAAUAGGGCAUUCCCCUGCCUUGAACAUCUUUUAGUUAAAGAUUGUGAAUCACUGCAAGGUGAUCUACCUCCGCAUAUGCCUUCUCUCAAAAUGCUGAAAAUCGAAACGUGCAAGGAUCUGAGUAUCUCACUUCCAAGCCUUCCUUUGCUGGAGGAGUUGAAGGUAGACAGAUGCAGAGUAUUGUCUACCAGUGCAGAUGUCAUUUUCUGUUCAAAAAUGAUGAAUCUUAGUUAUAUUUCGGAAAUCGUAGGCUUUCCUGGGUAUUGCCCUCACCUUCGUGGAGAACUCGACGUAUUACGUUGCCAUUUUCUCAGUACUAUUGCCCAGAUACCCACAAUGUUUCGACAAGUGAAAAUUAGAAGGUGCGAUGAACUAAAGUCGGUGGAAUUCGAGAUAUCCACUUCCUCCAGUUGUCCUAAAAAAUUGGAGGUUGUGGAUUGUAAGUCUCUCGUUGCCAUUACUAAGAUUCCCUUGACGCUUCGAAUUUUGAAAAUUGUUAUUUGCAAGAAGCUAGAGGUUGUUGAAUUUCACAAAUUAGACUACUCAUCAUCAUCAUCUUCCAGUGUGGGAUCCAGAGGAGAAGCAGCAUCAGAUGAAGUUGCUUCCAUUUCCAUGCAAGAUUCAGCGAUACCACUUACACAACCUCCAUCUCAACUUGCCUAUCUCAUCAAAUUAAGUAUUUAUAAAUGCACUAGUCUCGUAUCAUUACCACCAAGUCUGCUCCUCCCAGCUUUAAAAGAACUUGAGUUAUGGGAUUGCGAAAAUAUGGAAGAUCUCCCAGGUGACGGUGAUAUGCACAAUUUUAGCUCCCUCGAAGAAUUAAUAAUUCGAAAGUGUCCCAAAAUCCAAUGCUUUCCAGGAGGAGGUUUACCCAAAAACCUGAAGAUAAUUAGUAUUCAGGAAGUAAACAUAAAGCAGCAGCCGGUACAAGAGUGGGAAUUGCACCUCCUCCAUUCACUUCAAUAUCUUCAACUGGUUGAUGUAGGCAGCUGUGCAGACUCAGCUGAAUUUCUAUCUCUCCCGUCUUCCUUAUCUGAAUUGCACAUCAGCGGUUUCCAAAAUUUGAAAUCUUUUCUUGGCGACUUUACGUCGCUUGAAAAUCUUAGCCUUGUAAAUUGCCCGAAAUUCUGUUACUUUUCAGAAACAGGAUUUUUUCCCAGGAACCUAAGUGAGCUUUCAAUCAGUAACUAUAUAGAGAAACCGAUACGAGAGUCGGGAUUGCACCUUCUAACUUCUCUUCAAGAUCUUGAACUUAUAAAUGUAGAAGGCAGCUCCAUUAUAGAUGACACAGUAGAGUGCAUCCCAGGUCCAGAUCUCUAUCUUCCCUCUUCCUUGUCUGAAUUAUGGAUCAAGGGUUUCUCAAAUUUGAAAACAAUAUGUUGUUCCACCCUCCCCAACAUGACUGAAAUCACUAUAUGGAGUUGCCCCAAGUUUGAAUCCUUUGGUAACAAUGGCCUUCCUCCACACCUUAAAUCUGUGUACAUUAAUCAAGCGUCUGAUUUAAUAGAGCAGCAUUUGGAAAGAGAUUCCAAUGGGCCUAUACGUUUUAAAGGUCACAAUUACUCGCUACGUUAAAACGGUGCCUUUGUCAAACUACUUCAAUGUCUCAAUGGAGUUAGACAGUCUCAGAGUAUUGUGCUCGCUAUGAUGAUCACUUCUGUUGCAGAUGCUCUUCGAGUGCAACUUUUCUCAAGUUAUGGGGUGUCAAGGUGCUGAUAGGCAUAGAAUAGUAGUGGUAACAUCUGCUGAUUUCAGGCAAAGGAUACUUAAGAGAGCAAACUAUCUUCCAUAAAACCUGUCUUGGACAAUCUGAGAUCAAAGUCGAAGAAAGGUGUUAAAUUUCAGAUUAUAUUAAAAUGGGUCUGGGUAACCCAAUAAGGAGGAGGAGAGUUUAGCCCACUUACAAGCUAGGAGGUUCUAUCCUAAAACCAAUUGGUGAUAGGAGGAGUAACUCCUAAUCUUAUAAAGUGGUUUAUUCUCUCCUCUUUCUCCAAUGUGGGAGUAGGCAUUCUUUGGGUUUCAACAAAAGGAUUUAACCGUGCAAAGGCUGGCUGAACGUAAAUCACAUCUUGAAGAGCUUCAGAAUGAAACGGUCUGUCAUUUGAUAUCUUCGAAAAGUAUCUGCAGUGAAUGCUUUGGCAUCAACUCUUUGAUUCUCUCCGUUCUAGUCUUGCCGUUUGUCGUAGCUCUUGUUGAGAGUUUGAUAGCAAAAGUUAAAGCUUGGGAGAUAGAUAAAGGAAUGACGUUCCUUUGUGGCAAGGAACUUCUGUUGCAUGAAUUACAAGAAUACACUUCACAGCGUCAGCAUAGGGAAGAAGAGAAACGUAGAACUCGGGAGCACAAAAAGUUGCAGGAACAGCUUGCGACAGAAAAAGAAGCGAUCUAUGGUUCAAAGCCUAAAAAGCCAUUGGGUCAGAGCACCAAUAACAACACAAUGGUUGGAACUCCCGCUCGUAGGAUAGGAACUCCCUCAGGGCGUAUGGGGAUAUCUGGUAGUAAAGAUCGCAGAGAUAGCACGAGAGUUAUACCAGUGAACUUUGUAGCUCUUGCCAAAGAUGAUCCCGUAUAUCGUGGUAGCUAACUCUCGUUCAUUUUGUUUUGAUGGCCUUCAUAUGGUGGAAAGCAAGGAUCUUCAAGGUGAAAGGAUAUUGAGAGAUGGUAAUUUUGGGUAGUCAACACCAAAAGAUUAGGAAAAUUUUCUUUUGUUCAUGUCUGAAUCUCAUGUCAUAAAAGAUGUGUUAUCGAGGUGCAUAUUUUCUAUAGUUAGUUACUGGUAUGAUGCCAUGAUGGUAUGUGUUAAUAUGGGUUUUAAUGGUGGAUUGCAUAUUUUCUGGAAUUGUUUACCGAGCUCUCUUAGAUUGUUGAACUUCUUGGAAGGGAAUUAUUGAUAGCCGAACUUCUAAGCAUAUUUCAUUACUAUACUUUCGUUAACAUCUCUCUGGGAAAAAUUAUGUACU